CGAAGAAGCUUCAUCUCUCUUUUUCUCAAAAGUCAAAAGUCAAAAUAGUGAAUACGCGUUUUCCAGUUUAUUCUUCGUAUAUGUCAUAGCGUUCAGAAACAUUGUGUAUAUGUGAUCUUGAACUUUUCUUGACACGUUAUCUCAUGGCUUCUUCUUCUUCGUCUUCGUCUCGCACCUGGAGAUACCGCGUGUUUACGAGCUUCCACGGAGCAGACGUCCGUAAAACAUUUCUGAGCCAUUUACGUAAACAGUUUAACUACAAUGGGAUCACGAUGUUCGAUGAUCAGGAGAUCGAGAGAAGUCAAACCAUCGCACCUGCUCUCAUUAAAGCCAUUAAGGAAUCAAGAAUCUCAAUCAUCUUGCUAUCGAAGAACUAUGCUUCUUCGAGCUGGUGUUUGGAUGAGUUGUUGGAGAUUGUCAAGUGCAAGGAAGCUAUGGGACAAAUAGUGAUGACGGUCUUCUACGGAGUAGAUCCAUCUGAUGUGCGGAAACAAACAGGAGAAUUCGGGAGGUCUUUCAAUGAAACGUGUUCUCGAAGUACGAAAGAGAAGAGGCGAAAAUGGAGUCAAGCUUUGAACCAUGUGGGAAACAUAGCUGGAGAACACUUCCAAAACUGGGACAAUGAAUCAAAGAUGAUUGAAAAGAUUUCAAGAGAUAUUUCAAACAAACUAAAUUCUACAAUCUCUAGAGAUUUUGACGAUAUGGUUGGACUUGAAGCACACUUGGAGGAAAUGAAGUACUUGUUAGAUUUAGAUUAUAAGGAUGGAGCUAUGAUAGUUGGAAUUUGUGGUCCUGCAGGCAUUGGUAAGACUACUAUUGCUAGAGCUUUAUAUAGUUUACUUUUAAGUAGUUUCCAGCUUAGUUGUUUUGUGGAGAAUCUUAGUGGAAGCGAUAAUAGAGGUCUUGACGAGUAUGGUUUUAAGCUGCGUUUACAAGAGCAACUUCUUUCAAAGAUUUUAAACCAAAAUGGUAUGAGGAUAUACCAUUUAGGUGCAAUACAAGAAAGGCUAUGCGACCAAAAAGUGCUUAUCGUUCUUGAUGAUGUGAAUGAUCUAAAGCAAUUAGAGGCUUUGGCUAAUGAGACUAGUUGGUUUGGUCCUGGAAGUAGGAUCAUUGUGACCACAGAAGAUAAAGGGCUUUUGGAGCAACAUGGUAUCAACAAAACUUACCAUGUAGGUUUUCCAUCUAUAGAAGAAGCUCUUGAGAUCUUUUGUAUAUAUGCUUUUAGAAAAAGCUCUCCACCUGAUGGUUUCAAAAAGCUUACAAAGAGAGUAACAAAUGUUUUUGAUAACCUUCCAUUGGGUCUUCGUGUCAUGGGUUCAUCUUUACGCGGGAAGGGGGAAGAUGAGUGGGAAGCUCUAUUGGACAGGCUAGAAACUAGUCUAGAUCGAAAUAUCGAGGGAGCGCUAAGAGUUGGGUAUGAUAGCUUGCAGGAAGAAGAACAAGCUCUAUUUCUCCACAUUGCGGUCUUUUUCAACUACAACAAAGAUGAGCAUGUGAUUGCUAUGCUCGCAGACAGUAACUUGGAUGUCAAGCAAGGGUUAAAAAUCCUAACCAAUAAAUCACUCGUAUAUAGAUCUACCAGUGGGAAAAUAGUAAUGCACAAAUUACUACAACAAGUGGGUAGAAAAGCAAUUCAAAGACAAGAGCCUUGGAAACGUCACAUCUUAAUAGAUGCGCAUGAGAUUUGUUAUGUUCUUGAGAAUGAUACAGAUACUAGAGCUGCUUUAGGCAUAUCGCUUGAUACAUCUGGAAUCAACAAAGUUAUCAUAAGUGAGGGAGCUUUCAAAAGAAUGCGUAAUCUUCGAUUCCUAAGUGUCUACAAUACAAGAUAUGUUAAAAAUGAUCAAGUGGACAUACCUGAGGACUUGGAGUUUCCACCUCAUCUACGGUUGCUUCGGUGGGAAGCAUACCCGAGUAAUGCUCUUCCUACUACAUUUCAUCCAGAAUAUCUUGUAGAACUUGAUAUGAAGGAGAGCCAGCUUGAGAAGCUUUGGCAAGGAACACAGCCACUUACAAAUCUCAAGAAAAUGGAUUUGACACGAUCCUCUCAUUUGAAGGAACUUCCAGAUCUUUCAAAUGCUACAAAUCUCGAGAGGUUGGAGCUGAGUUAUUGCAAGAGUUUGGUAGAGAUUCCUUCCUCAUUUUCGGAACUUCGAAAACUAGAGACGUUGGUAAUACACAACUGCACAAAGCUAGAAGUUGUUCCAACUCUCAUCAACUUGGCAUCUCUUGAUUUCUUCAACAUGCAUGGUUGCUUCCAACUGAAAAAAUUUCCAGGUAUUUCUACACACAUCUCAAGACUCGUUAUAGAUGACACACUGGUAGAAGAACUUCCUACAUCAAUAAUACUUUGCACUCGGCUUAGAACUCUCAUGAUAAGCGGCAGUGGAAACUUUAAGACAUUAACAUAUCUCCCUCUGAGUCUAACGUAUCUAGACCUAAGGUGUACGGGUAUUGAGAAGAUUCCAGAUUGGAUCAAAGAUCUUCAUGAGCUAAGUUUCCUUCAUAUAGGGGGCUGUAGAAACCUAAAAUCGCUGCCACAGCUUCCUCUUUCGAUCAGGUGGUUAAAUGCAUGUGACUGCGAAUCACUCGAGAGUGUUGCUUGCGUUUCAAGCUUAAAUUCAUUUGUGGACCUAAAUUUCACCAAUUGCUUCAAACUGAACCAAGAAACACGAAGAGAUCUUAUCCAACAAUCAUUCUUUCGCAGUUUGAGAAUUUUACCAGGAAGAGAAGUGCCCGAAACGUUCAAUCACCAAGCUAAAGGAAAUGUCUUGACUAUUCGUCCGGAGAGUGAUAGUCAAUUUUCUGCAUCCUCAAGAUUUAAAGCUUGCUUUGUGAUUUCCCCUACCAGGUUAAUCACGGGGAGAAAAAGGCUUAUUAGUUUAUUGUGUCGUCUCAUAAGCAAAAACGGUGACUCCAUCAACGAAGUUUAUCAUUGUUUCAGCUUACCUGAUCAGUCCCCGGGAACACAAUCGGAACAUCUUUGUUUAUUUCACUAUGACUUCCACGACAGAGAUAGAUAUUUUGAAGUAGAUAGUGAGAUAUUGUUCGAAUUUAGCUGCACACCUUCUGACGCCUACGAGAUCGUUCAGUGCGGUGUUGGAACUUAUGGAGAAGAAAUCGAACAAAUCAGCGAUUGGAGCAAUGCAUCUGAAGAAAUAGAAACUGAAAAUAUUUCUGACGACGUCAACCAAUAUAGAGAUAGACAUCCUUGCAAAUCAGAUAAGGCAUCAAAAGAAGCCAAUGUAAAAGGUCAUAAACGUAAAGGUUUUUGGAGUUGGCUGCGUAGGAGAUAGCAUUUAUAUCUCAUAUAUAUGCCUCUUAACAACUUCUCAAAGGUGAGAUUCCUUUUCUUCUUUUUUUUUCUUUUUUUUUUGUUCUUCUACUUCUUGGCUUUACCAAACUUUCCAAAGAAAUAUUAACGUGAUGAUCAUAUACAUGUUGUUUUAGCUGCCUUUAACUUGUCUUUAACGGGACUCCCUUAUUUCGGUGGAGGAGUCGUGGUUAUGUGUCCUCUAGACUCCUAAUGUAUUUGUGAUAGUUCUACUUCUACAAACAUGUUUUGUCAAAAUAUUGAUAUACCUAAUUAGAAGAUAAGUAGAAAAAAA